GCAGGAGCCAAAACGGCAGUUUCUAACAUUACAAUGUCAGUGACAGUUAUGGUGACCCUCCUCUUCCUAAUGCCUCUAUUCCAGUACACCCCAACUGUUGUAUUGCGUGCCAUCAUAGUAACAGCAGUAAAUGGCCUCGUAGACAUCCCUGCUGCUUGCCAGAUAUGGAAGAUCGACAAAUUUGAUUUUGUUGUGAUGUUGUGUGCAUUCUUUGGUGUUAUUUUUGUCUCUAUCCGGGACGGCCUUGCCAUUGCGGUAGGGAUAUCAAUAUUCAAGAUCCUUCUUCAAGUCACAAGGCCAAAGACUCUGGUUCUGGGAAACAUACCUGGGACAGAUAUAUUCCGUAAUCUUCAUCAUUACAAGGAAGCUAUGAGGAUCCCUGGUGUCUUCAUUUUAAGCAUUGAAGCUCCAAUCAACUUUGCUAAUACAACCUACCUCAAUGAAAGGAUUCUGAGAUGGGUAGAUGAAUAUGAAACUGAAGAAGACACAGAGAUAGUAAAGUAUUCAUUUUCUGAUAUAUUUUUGCUCUUCUUGUUGCUGAUGCUUCACUAACCAGGAGAUUAUUCU